AUGGAGGCGUCAUCAUCAACAAUAUCCUUAAAUUUUAAUUAUGAUCAAAAUUCAAAUAAAUCAUUAUUUAAAUUAUGGAAAUUAACAAAUGAUUUACUGUAUAUAAAUUGUUCGAAAAUAUCAUCAACUGAAAGAUUAAAUAAUAGAUCAUGGAGAUUAAUGAAUCAAAGAAUUUUGAAAUCAAAUACCUCAGCAUAUAAAAGUUCUAAUAAUUGUUUAAGAGAUAAUGAGAAAAUAUGUGAUCUUUACAAUAUAGAUGAAUUAAAUGAUCUUUAUAAUGAUAAUAUCACAAACCUCAAACCUAAAACUUCCCAAUUUAUGUCCAAUAGGCCGUCAUUAUUUAGUCAUUCAUCGAAUUUAAGUCUAUAUACAAGAAAAAAGAGUACACUGACAAGUCUAGAUUCAAUGCCAGCAAUAACUACAAAUGAAAAAUUAAAUGAUGACAAUCAAAAACAAAUAAUUUUGGAUAAUAGCUCUGAUGAAGAUAUUGAUGAAUCUGAUAUGUCAGAUAUUCCGGAAAUAUCUGAUAAUGAAGAAGAAGUAGAAAAAGAAGAAAAAGAAGAAGAAGGAUCAGAAGAUAAUAUAAAUGAUAAAGUUGAUAGUAUUACUAUAAACAACAAAAAUAUUUGCAUAACUUCACGUAAUUUGUCAGUCAACGAUAAAAUUUCACCCAAAAAUGUUGAUCAUAAAGGUUCAAAUUUGUCAAUGUUUGAAAGUAAAGACCAACAACCACAAGCCACGAAUAAGCCACAAACUGUAUCUAAAUCACCAUCAGAUUGUUCCAAUGAUCAAAUUGUUACUCCACAACCACCAAUACAAAGACAAAACUCAUUAUUUAGUAAUUUCAACUCGGGAAAUACAAUUGAUAACAAACUGAAGGAGUCAAUCACUAAAUCGUCAAGAAAACCUUCAUAUGAAACUGUCGAUGAAACAAACUCCCUGGCAGAAGAAGUACAAAUUGUAUCCAAUGAUAAUAAUCAUGUCGUAGAGGACGAUGAUGAAGGAUAUACUUCAACUGAUAUUUCAGAAGUGGGUGAAUCUGAUGAAGAAUUAGAAGAAGAUGAAGAAGAAGAACAAGACUGUUUAGAAAUCAAACAUAGUUCGGAACCUAAAAAUACAUCAACUGACUCAGUUAGGGAAGAUAAUGAAAGUGAAUGGAUGUCAGUUUAUUCAAGUUCUGUUAAUUCAACAGCCGCAUCUGGUAAAAGUAUUCCAAAACAACAACCAUUAAACUUCACAAAAGUUGAACCACCAACAUUUGAAGCAUCAACUGAAACUUUAUCAUCAUUAGAUAAAAAAAGAGAAAACAUCAAUCCAUCUCCUUCAUUAAGUAAACCAAAAUCAUUAUUAUCUGGAUUAUUUACAAAUGAUGGUUCUUUAUCAUCAACUCAUAUGAACGGUACAAAACCAAAAUUAUUAAGAUCUAGUACAACUGGUGUAAUGACAAUAGAUCAAGAAUAUAAAAGACCGUCUAUUAUUUUCACAAGAAAGUACCCGUCAUUAACUGAUAUACCACAAAUUGCCAAAAGAUCAAAUCUAUCAGUGGCAAAAACAAACACAAUUGCAACUUCAUCAGAAUUAAUAAUUGACAAAGAUUCAGAUGAUUCAUCUUCAUCAACACCUAUUAAAAAACAAGGAAGUAUAGUUGGUAUAUCAGAUAUCAAUGUAUCAAAAGUCCCCAAAAAUCCAGCAACAACUGAUGAAGAACAUGAAUUAUUAUCAUCAAGUUUAAAUAAACUAUCAAAAUCUGUAUCACACCAUUCAUUGAUUAAUUUAUUAUCAAAAUCAUCAAUCAAUUUAAGUAGAUUAUACAUUACGUCAAAAAAUAAAUUAAGACUAGAUACAAAAGAUCAAAAUCAAAACUCAUCAGAAAAUAACGAAUCAAAACAAGAAAACAAAAUACCUAAUAAUUACAAUAAUAACUAUCAAGAUAAAAAAGAGAAUUCAGUACCAUCAUUACAACCAACAUCAUCAGAUUCAAUCCUGAAACAAUCACCAAGUUCAUUAGCUUCAUCAUCAUCAAUACUAAUCAAUUGUUCCAAAAAUUCAAACACUCCACCACCACCAAUAAAAUUCGAUCAAGAUAAUAAUCCAAGUUUCAUACCAACUAUCCCAAAGAUUACAACCACAGAUACAGAUUUAGAAACCAAAUUCACAUCAAAUGAAGAAUUAAGUAAAUCUAUUAAGGAAUCUUUAAUUAUUGAUAAUAAAUUAGGUAAAGUUGCAAUGCCAGAUAAAUCCUUAGUUAAAAAUUUAAAGUUCAACGAUGAACAUCUAGUUGAUGAAGAAGUAUUUGAUGAUUAUCAUUCUAAAGGUUGGUGA